AUGAUCCUCCUUGUUAAUACUGACGUCAUUGACCGCGUCCUAAGCUUCCCCAUUACCUGUCCGCUGAGUCAGCCGAGUCAGCCGAGUCAGCCGAGUCAGCACACCCACGCACGUCAACAAAGCCAGACAAUAGUCAAUGGGACACAGCAGCCAAGACCCCCCCCCCCACGCGCCCCGCCCCACCGCCCCACGAAAGCCCGAGGUCGAGGAACAGAGCCUCAGACCUACGCGACAGCCGACAAGACCACACCAGACCACCCAACAGCUGACGACAGGACCACGCCAGACCACACGACAGCCGGCAGGACAACGCCAGACCACGUGACAGCCGACAGGACAACGCCAGACCACGCGACAGCCGGCAGGACCACUCAGACCAUGCGACAGCCGACAGGACAACGCCAGACCACGCGACAGCCGGCAGGACCGACAGGACCACGCCAGACCAUGCGGCAGCCGAUAGGACCACGCCAGACCACGCGACAGCCGACGACAAGACCACGCGACAGUCGACAGGACCGACAAGACCACGCCAGACCAACGCGACAGCCGACAAGACCACGCCAGACCACCCGACAGCCGACGACAAGACCACGCCAGACCAACGCGACAGCCGACAGGACCGACAAGACCACGCCAGACCACGUGACAGCCGACGACAAGACCACGCGACAGCCGACAGGACCACGCCAGACCACGCGACAGCCGACUACAAAACCACGCGACAGUCGACAGGACCGAUAA